AUAGGCCGAAAGAGUUCUGAUGCUGCCGCUAGUACUACUGCCAUUGGGUCGUGUACUUACUGCUACAUAUCGCCCCACUGACUGCGGUUCGUCUGCUGUUUUUCCGACCCGAAUGUAUCGAAUUUUCCUCGCCGUUUUUCAUCUCGCUGGUCGGUUCAGUCAGAAUUUGUGCGCGUCGCCAGACAAAGGUGAUUUCUCAUGUAACCGUGCGUAAAAUCGUCAUUAAUACGGUAUAAGUGUGUGGUGCUGGGGUCACCGGACGCCACUUUUCCCCGACCAUCAUCGACUAUGCGUACUGUUUUUUUUUCUGGUCUCAGUUGCGGGUGGGAAACUGAACCUGUGCGUGUGUUUUUUACUACCACUGGAUUAGAUGCGAAUGAGAAAAGAACCAGUGCAAGUAAUGAAGCGGAACUAGUGCAAAUCACAGCCGCAAAGUGGUUGCUGUUGUGUGAGAAGCAACAGUGCGAAAUUUGAUCUGAAAUGUUGUCCACGAGGAUGCUGCAAAAGUGAAGAAGCAAAAAUUAUUGAUUGCAAAACAGUGUGAAACCGCGACAGAAAACCAACUAUUUUUCAGCGGUAGUAGUUGUAGUGGGUGCAAAAAUAGUUCAAAUGUUUUUACCGACCCUUAGUGCAGUAGCAAUAGCAACAGCAGCAGCAGCAGCCGCAUCCGACUAUGCGUGUAUGUGUUCAAGUGUGCAGCAGUCGGUAAGCAGAUGUACGCUCCUUUAGAAAAGCGGAAAAAUAGCUAAAGUGCGCUCUGGUGCUGUUUAAUUAUUUACAGCACUUACCGUGGGGGAAAGGUUUUUGUCGACCGGAAAGCAAUAUUCAAACGAAAUAUUUUUCUUGCUUUCUAGUGUACCGUGCGUAGGUGUGUACCUGGUUGUCCUUCUACAUACAUGUAGAUGCCCGUGAUCUGUGUAGUUCAAAUAGUGUUUUGCUCAUUAGGCAUUAGUAGCCGAGUAGAGAAAACUUUCUAUCGAAAUUGCAAGAUAUUGCAACAAUCUACUCAAGCAGGUUGGUGGAAAUAAAAGGUUCAUGUUGUUAGGGCGAGUUUCGUCCGCUGGUGUUAUGUAAUUUGAUAUUUAUCAAAAAUUGUGAGGCACAACUGUUAGAAGAAUAAAAAACAGCUAUAGAUUAUAAGUUCACACCUACGAUACUGCCGAAUGGGUUUGUGUUCCUGUUGGUUGAUUCAACAACUGCAAGUAAAGGAAGACAGCAACGGUUUGGUGAUAGCAAAAGAGCAGCUAUUUGAACAGAUGGCCACAGAUUUUCCCCAGAUGGUGCUAUAAUCAAUCUAAGUCAGCACUACUGUCAACCCUUCUCAGGGCCCUCCCUGAGCUCAAAACCGGACGGAUUCCACGGGAAAUGCUCUCGGAUGCCGCCGGCUCUAGGAGUGAGGAGUUUUAUUGCUCUGCUGGUUGCUGUGGUCGGACUGCGUUCUAACUGACGGUGUGUCCGGUGAAAGAGAUCUCCGCCACCCACCAGGGGUGAUAAUCAAUUAUUAUAAAACCGAUCCUCGGCGCGUUCGGGCGAAGGAAACGAAGAAGAAGCACGACAGUAAUAAAAGUCAUCCUCCGGUUCGGAAAGUUUGAUCAAUUUCUACUUUAGUGCUGUGCCAUCUGUAGCGUGUGCAAAUCGGGCUUCAAUGGGAAAUUUUCCGGUGUCUGGCCGCGCUAUUCAUGGCACCGCUCUGGACUAUGGACUGGUGGUAUCUCAUUUCAAGCCGUAAUUAAUAAACAGUGAGAGAUCCCAGUCCGGUCGGAGCCGUGUCACGGUCGGGUUUGCCAUUAAAAUUUUAAUAGGAUAUGAAAAGUUGGCUUGACGAUGUCCUGGGGAAUGUAGCCAUAAAUGACAAGGUGAUAUAUAUUUUUUAUGCAUAGAAUUCUAACCUGUUGUGGAGAGGUUUUAACGAGAUCAAAGAGCGAGUCAUGCUUUGUAAAGAUUAAAGCGGCGCCUGGUGUCCGGAAGUGCGAUGCCGUUAAUGGAGCAUCGGAACAUGUUCGAAGCUAUGAGCGUUAGGAGAGUAAAGUUAGUCUUUUGAAUUAUACCCAAACACACACACACACACUCUAUAAAUUGUACGAGGCCCCUCCUAGCAAUUGUCGCCAAGCGGAAAAGAGCCACUUUCUGGUCCUUAUAUGGACGCUAGACUAGGCAUUUCGCGGCUUGUUAAUGAAAUCACUGUCGGAAGCCAGCAUCGCGUGUCUUCGUCGAGUGCCAGCGCUGUUCCCGAAUUCGACAUUUCGGCGGUUCCGAUCGUCGGUGGAAGCAUCCAAACGGUAGCACCCUUCGCCCUGUUGACCUUGAAUCAAACGUUGAGUCACACCGCAGCCGGUGCUAGCGGUUCGAGUGGCUCAAAUGCGCUCAGUUCGGCAACCAGCAGCACGACGACCACCACGGCGGGGUCUAUCAUUGCGUCAACUCUAGCCGGCAAAGCACUCGAUCAUGAGCCGGAGAUUGACACCAUCCGGAAGGUGAUCAUCUGUAUCAUUCUACUAGCUGUGAUAUUCGGUACCAUCGUUGGCAACAUCCUGGUCUGCGUUGCCGUCUGUUUGGUGCGUAAACUUCGAAGACCAUGCAAUUAUCUGCUGGUUUCGCUGGCCGUUUCCGAUCUGUGCGUUGCCUGUCUCGUGAUGCCACCGGCACUGAUGUACGAGGUUUUGGGCGAGUGGAACUUUGGUCGAGUCUUCUGUGAUAUCUGGGUAUCGUUCGAUGUUCUUUCGUGUACGGCUUCGAUACUAAACCUAUGCGCGAUAUCCGUUGAUCGGUACUGGGCAAUCACCAAGCCAUUGGAGUACGGCGUGAAGCGAACUCCUCGUCGGAUGAUGCUUUGCGUGGCACUGGUUUGGCUUGCAGCGGCCUGCAUUUCGCUGCCACCGCUGCUUAUCCUAGGCAAUAAGCACACAAUCGGCGAAGGUGCCGAUCAGCGGCCAUUUUGCGCCGUCUGUGAAGAUGUAGGUUAUCAAAUUUACGCCACCCUGGGGUCUUUCUACAUUCCCUUGGCGGUGAUGCUUUUUGUAUACUAUCAGAUAUUCCGAGCCGCCCGACGAAUAGUGAAGGAUGAAAAACGGGCCCAAACAAGACUGGAAAAUUCCCUCGCAGUGGAUAAAAACCAAGCCAUGCUCAAGCCACCGGAACCGGAGCCAUCCGCUGGGUCGCCCCACCAGAAAAAGCUCCGCUUUCAGCUGGCCAAAGAACGGAAAGCGUCUACCACACUCGGCAUUAUCAUGUCCGCCUUUACCGUGUGUUGGUUGCCGUUCUUCAUCCUGGCCCUGGUGCGGCCUCUCAUGGAUGACGAUUAUCCGACCCUAUCGUCCUUCUUCCUGUGGCUAGGCUAUGCCAACUCGUUGCUCAAUCCGAUCAUUUACGCCACGCUAAACCGAGACUUUCGCAAGCCGUUCCAGGAGAUUCUCUACUUCCGCUGUUCCAAUCUGAACAUUCUGAUGCGGGAGGAUUUCUACCACAGCCAGUACGGAGAACCCGGCUCGCAGCGGUUCGUGCUGGACAACGAAGGUCAGCAGACGGCGCGGGAGAGUUUUCUCUGAAAUGAUACAAUCAGUGCACCACUCGGUACCGACACGGGAAGUAACCGAUCGGAACGAACGAAGUUACCUGCACCCACUUACACUGUUUCGUAGUAUUGCUAGUAGUAGUAGUAGUUGUAGUAAUAGUAGUAGCGGUAGUUGUAAUCUCAGUAGUGGUAGUUGUAGUUGUAUUAGUAGUAGCUUCCGAGAAGUGUGUGUGUGCGCGACGAAAACAACCUGUUUAGCAGCGAUAGUAAGAUAGCGUUUCAACCGGAAAAGUUGUAGACCCGGGCGGCCAAGGCCUAAAUAUGCUGAUAACUAAAAGUUAAUAUCAUGAUAGAGUAGCGAAUGGAAAUACGCGAACAGAAUGGUUCUUGUGACUGACUAAAAAGGCUCAUUUUAGCUAUGUAAAAUAAGAUAAAAUGUUAGGAAAUUUCAAUAUAUAAGUGAAGGUUAUUAAAUUAAUAAUGUUUCACUGUCAUGUAAGUUGUAUGGCACUAAACAGAGGUGGCGCUGGUGGUUGCUAUUGGUGGUGAUUGGUGCAGGUUCGGUAGUGCUAGUAUCUAGUAUCUAGAGUUUCAGCGGGAAAUCACUUUACACGCUGCGAAUCAGGAAGCGAUAGGUUAGCGUCAACCAGAUUCAUUUAUUUCUUACUGAUAAUCAAGCUUAUAAAAAUAUUCGAUUUUGGGUGAAAAAAAUCUCGUACCAGAUGCUUUUUAUCAAACUUCUGAAAUAGUUAUAGAAAUAAAAACUAAACUUCAAAAUCGUCAUGAAUCGUCGUUUGUGUAUGUACAAUACCUAGGAGUAUUUUAUCUGAAUCAAAUAUUUCGAACCGAGCUUUCUAUUCAUGAUUAUAUUGAUGUGUUUUACACGGUGUGAAUCGAUUGGUUAGCAACUGGUGUUAAAAUUCCCGUACGUGUAUGGUUCUUCUACGAAUUGUGUCUUUUAACUUGAAUGAUUGAUUUACAGCUUUAUUUACAGCAACACAAAAAGGGUUCUAUAAUUUAAUGUGUUUAGCAGUGACGGAUUGAGCUGUCAGAAAGCUCUAUUGAAUCGGCAUUGUUCCGUGUUUGGGUUGAAAUUUAAUAACAUCUAAUACUGCUGCAAGUGCAUCCCUGGAAUCUGAGUGAAAACAGUCGGUUCAAUAAUAACUCAAACUGGAAAACUGGAACUGGAAAAAUUAAUCCACCUAGCGGUCAGACCCAGCCUUUCUCAUUCAAACUUUUAUUUGUAAAAAUAUAUUUACAUGAACGCUUCAAACCAAUAAAUGUAUAUUCUUUCUUUAGGUUCUAAAACAUUGAUGUUGUACUCUAUACAUAUAAAAAUGCAGUCCGGUCUGUCUUUCUGUCUGAUCCAUAUAGGCUCGAAAACUACCGACGAAAACACAAAUUUCUGCAUAUCUCGAGAACUAACCGAGUAAAUGGAACCAAAUUUAGCAUGUGAAUAUUUUUAGGGAUAACAAAUAUGUCCAUAAUGGUUCGACACCCCUCCGUUUUCUGGAAGGGAGGGGUUCCAUACAAAUGAAAUACAAAUUUCUGCACAUCUCGAGAGCUAACCAACUAAAUGGAACCAAAUUUGGCGAGUGAAUGUUUCUAGAGGUAACAAAUAUGUGCAUAAUGGUUUGACACCCCUCCCUCUUCUAUAAGGGAGGGGUCCCAUACAAGUAAAACACAAAUUUCGCACAGCUCAAGAACCAAUCAAGAAAAUACAACCAAAUUUGGUAUGUGAAUGUUUUUAGAGGUAACAAAUAUUUCCAUAAUGGUUCGACAAAAUACAUGUUUCUGCAUAACGGUUCAGGAAGUACAUGUUUUUGCACAAAUUUCUGCACAUACUUCUGCACAUCUCGCGAGCUAAUUAACUAAAUGGAACCAUAUUUGGCAGGUGAAUGUUUUUAGUGGUAACAAAUACGACCAAAUACCACCCAACAUGAGGGUUUCUUUCACCAGUAUGACGUUCAAAAUCCAGAAAUUGUUUGGCGACUUCCGGUUUCGGAAAAAGCGACAUACGACCAAAUACCACCCAAUAUGGGAAUUUCCGGAAUCGUAAUGAUGCACUGGAGCCACAAAUCGACUUCAGACAACAUUUCGAAUUGUAAGAUAGCAACUUUCGGUUUCCGGGAAACAGCCAGAAAUGGACGAUUCCCAUUAAAAAUGAGCAUCUCCGAAACCAGAAAGAUGCACAGAAGCUCAAAAUCGAUCACAGACACAAUCUUGAAUUUUAAGAUAGUGACUUCCGGUGUCUGGCAAAUAGACGGAAAUGACCAAAUACCAUUCAAUAUGAAUGUUUUCGGAACCAGAAUCAUGCCCAGAUGACAGAAAGUGACCAAAUACCACCCAGUAUGAGUAUUUCCGGAGCCAGAAUUUUGCAAGAAGCUAAAAAUUGACCUCACACACCAUUAUGAAUUUUAGGAUGGCAACUUGUGGUUUCUGGAAAACAGCCAAAAAUGGCCGAUUUCCGUCUUACAUGAGUAUCUCCGGAUCUAAAAUGAUACACAGCAGCUGAAAUCGACCACAGACCCCAUUUUAGAUUCUAGGAUGGCGACUUCCGGUUCCUGGAAAACAGCCGAAAAUGAUCGAAUAACACCCUAUAUGGGUGUUUCUUCAACCAAAAUGACGCUCAGAGGCCAGAAAUUAUCCUAAAUACCAAUUUGAAAUCCAAGAUUGCAACUUCCGGUUGGUGAAAAACAGCCUAAAAUAACCAAAUACCAUCCAAUUAUGAGUAUCUCUGGAACCAGAGUGAUGCAAUGACCUAACAAUUGACCUCAGGCAUCAUUUUGAAUUGCUAAAUGGCAACUUCUAGGAAACAGGUGUUAAUCCCGUAAUCGAGAUGAUGCAUAGAAACCAAACAUUGACCCUGGACAACAUUUUGAAUUUAAAGACGACCACUUUUAGUUUCUGGAAAACAACCAAAAUAACUGAGUACCUCCCAAUAUGGGUAUUUCCGGUGUCAGAUUGAUGCCAGAAAAUCUGCUGAAAACGACCGAAUACCACCCAAUAAGAAUAUAUUCAGAAUUAAGGUGAAGCCAACAGUCGAGGAUGUUUCAUUUCGAUAAAACCAAUCAUUUCAAACGAUUUGUUAUUUGACUUUGAUCAUAUCCUAUGGCCGAUUCGUCGUGCAUUUGCAGACUUUAAACACAUCGCAAGGAAUCAAUGAAUUUGGAAAGUUCAAAUAGUACGAUACCACAUUUAAAUUAUGUUGAGGCCACAUAUAUCGAUCAAGGCAGACAUAAUUUUAAAUAGUUUUGAAUUUCUUUUCUUUCCACAACUUUUGAGCCACAUAUCAAAUUGUUAUGAAGUUUGUUAUUUGCAAGUUUGAGAGAUGACUCGUUCGUAUGACACUAGUUAUGAUCAAAUAAGUCAUGUACCUGUUCAUAGCUGGAUUUCACAUUUUUAAACAUAACAGGCUAAGUAAUAGUCCGAUUGCAAAACAAAUCAAUAGGGUCUUAUGGGGCAACUAGACCUUCCAUUUGACACUGAUUUUAUUUAAAUCGGUUCAGCCAUCUCUGAGAAACAUGAGUGAGAUUAAGUAGUCUUUAAAACACGUUUCUUAUCAUAACUUUUGAACCACAAGUUCAAUCUUUAUAAAAUUCAAACGUUAGAGGUAUUUAAGAUAGCCCGUUCAUUUGAAACCAAUUUUGUUCAAAUCGGUUGUGUAGUUUCUGAGAUAAUGAUGUUUCAUGAUUUUUACAUUUUGACACAUAACCUCUAAACUAAAAAUCCGAUUACAAUAAAAUUCAAUAGGGUCUUAUGGGCCAGCAAGACCUUUCAUUUGCAAUCAAUUUUAUGAUAAUCGGUCCAGCCAUCUCUGAGAAAAGUGAGUGAGAAUAUAAUUCUGCACAUACACACACACACAUACACACACACACACACACACACACACACAUACAGAAAAUGCUCAGCUCGCCGAGCUGAGUCGAGUGACAUAUGCCAUUCGGCCCUUUGGAGCACUUUUAUACUUUCGGUUUUGCAAGUGAUUGCUAUACCUUUCUAGGAGAAAGGCAAAAAUGAAAGACCAUAACUAUUCAACCAUUCCUGUGAAUUUACUAGCAAUUACCCGUUUUUCAGAAACUGAAAUGAGUUUGCUCGUAAACAUAACGUUAAAGCGACGAACCCGGCGAUCAAUUUCUAUACGACAUUCUUACGUAAGUUGAGGCGGUUUUGGUAAUGGCUAGGGGCACCAAAACUUAUAAGAAUGGUUGAAUAGUUAUAAUCAUUUUUUUCCGGAACGAACCGUUUUGCCUUUCUCCUAGAAAGGUAUAGCAAUCACUGAAAAACCAAAGGUAUAAAAGUGCUCCAAAGGGUCGAAUCUCGUAUAUCAAUCGACUUAGUUCGACGAGCUGAGAAUUUUCUGUAUGUGUGUGUGUGUGUGUGUGUGUGUGUGUGUGUGUGUAUGUAUGUAUGUAUGUAUGUAUGUAUGUAACGGUCUCCCAAUCUCACUCGAUUUUCUCAGAGAUGGCUGGACUGAUUUUCAUGAAACUAAUUGCAAAUGAAAGGUCCAGUCGCCCCACAAGACCCUAUUGAAUUUUAUUGUAAUCGGAUUUUUAGUUUCGAGGUUAUUAAAAUGUGAAAAUCACAAAACUUUAUUAUCUCAGAAACUACAAAACCGAUUUGAACAAAAUUGGUAUCAAAAGAACGAGCUUUUUUUUUGAACCACUUGUGAAAAUUUUUUAUAAUGAUUGGACAUGUAGUUCAAAAGUUAUGCAAAGAAACGUGUUUCAAACACUGUUUAAACUCAUUCACUUUUCUCAGAGAUGGCUGGAUCGAUUUUCACAAAAUUAGUGUCAUAUGGAAGGUCUUGUUGCCCCAUAAGACCCUAUUGAAUUUUUUUGUUAUUGGACUUUAACUUUGUCCGUUAUGUAUAAUAAUGUGAAAUCAGGCUAUGACAAGAAAUAUGUUUCUAAGACUGUUUGAACUCACCCACUUUUCUCAGAGAUGGAUGGACCGAUUUUCACAAAAUAAGUUGCAAUAGAAAGGUCUAGUUGCUGAUAAAACCCUAUUGAAUUUAAUUAUAAUCGGACUGUAACUUUGUCUGUUAUGUAUCAAAAUGUAAAAGUUAUGGAACUCCAUUAUCUCAGAAACUACACAACCGAUUUGAACGAAUCAGGUAUCAAAUAAACGGGCUGUCUUGAAAACCCCUAAAUAACGAAUUUGAUCAUGAUUGAACAUGUAGUUCGAAAGUUAUGAAAAGAAACGUGUUCAGAAAACUUUAUCAAAUUCACUCGUUUUGCCAAAGAUUGCAUCACUGAUUUCAACAACUCAGUUUUUAUUUGAUUUUAAUUUUUUGCUCUAAAGCUCAUAAUAGUUGCCCUAGAAAGAAAAAAAUUCAUGAGCAUGAGCAUGAGCAUGAUUGACCGUCCGCGGUUGCUACUCCGUUAUUGCCAGAUCAGCAGUAAUUACACAGAGAACCAAUAGAUGAUGCUUGGGACCAACAUGCAUCCUCAAUGUGUAAAAACUGGUGACCUUAAUAUGUUUAUCAGGCAAUACCAGCGCCGGCCGCAUCCGAAUGCAGGUCAAAGAAGGAGUUUGUAUAGGAAAAUGUUGACGUGAUACUCGCUUUAUGGAAGCCGAGAACACCUCUGCACUUCCACGAGAAAUCACUGGGAUGUUGGAGAAAGGGCAAGGUAUACAGCAGGGUUCGUUUUGGUGAACGAUGCGCUGAUUUCGAGCGUCGGGUUCCUUACAACAAGUGUCGCGCCAUUGAGUUCAUUACAUCCGCCACGAUAUUCAUAAUGCGAUUCGAACUUAUUCAGUUUGAAAAUGUAACACAGCAACAAUAAAUCGUACGCAAGGAUACUGGAUCUUUGACCGAAUCGAGACAACUUCAAAUGAUCGGAUAUCUCCUCGUAAGGUGAUCCUCUUUAUACCGAAAGCUAUUGCGCGUUGUUGAUCUAUCUGAAGAUAGGCCUCUUGAAAUGUAUAAACGCGGAGUCUCUCUAGGUUCGGUCAACCGGAUAUUUUCUAUAUAACAGAUCGACUAACGACGUCUCUCGUAUUCACUUCGUCUGCUCUAAAAAAACGAUCCCGCGAAAAACACACCUGAAAAACGGAAUAUAAAAAUGAUGCGCGCUUAUUACGGAAACGAACCAUGAGUAUCUUUCUUGCCAAACACCGCGAUCCUCUGCGUACGACGCGCGUGAAGUAGCCUUUACCACUUGUAGCAACCAGCUAUUUGUCAAUCUCGAGUACACGUUGGCCGCGAUUCUUUGGAAGGUAUACAUCGCGUUUUCGUUAGUCACGAUAUUUAUCGACCGAACGAAAUCUUCGGUGAGACAUGAACAAGCAUCUGGGUAAACUCCGCGAAAUCACUUAAUUUCGAAAACGUUCAUAUGAGCAAAACUCUCCCGAACCGGAAACGCGGUUUACACCGAAGCAUUACGCACGACCGCUAUUUUUCCUUCUACCGACGCAGACGCUCGGGGAUACGACAUUUCGAUGUGAAUGUUACCUAUUUAAUAGAAAAAUUGGCAAAGUUUCAUGCAUACAAACCAUAAUUUAAAAACGAAGUUAUCCAUAUUGACCAAUAUAUAGUCUCAAGUUUAAUAACAAAAUGCCGAACCAGUCAUAAUUGGAACGUAUUAUAUAAAACAUCUGCCCAAAAGCUAUAAAAAUCGAAAAAGUGAAGCAUAAGAUUUUGGCUAUCAUUACUGCACCAUAGUCCGAUAAUGACAUUGGUAAAUAGUGUGCAGUUUAUAGAAAACCCUGCUUUUUAAAUUUCAGUUCCAGGUCUAUUUUCGUACAAGAAUAAAGAUCUUUCGUGAUCUUUCCCAUAUGUUCCAUUACAUUAUAGAAAAGUUAUUGGUACCCAUCUUUAACAUCGACAACCGCCUCCCAUCGAUAACACCGCUAAAGUCCUAGUGUCAACGACAACCAUUGAUAUGUCGCAGGUGGCACAAAGCAUGUGAACCACCUCCCGCACCUGAAAAUCAUCAUAUAGGAAAAUUUGCCCUAGAAAGAAAAAAAUUCACAGGAAAAACUAUAAUUUUUCAUUUUUUCUUAGUUUGACCUUCUGGGCAACACUUGUGUUGACCAGUGUAAUCGGACUUUUAUUUUAUCCAUUAUGUGUUAAAUUGUAGAAAUAUUGUAGAAAAAAACUCACAUUGGGUAAUGUUUGUCCCUUUUAGACUGGUAGAAACCGGAAGCUACUGUCUAGAAAUUUAAAAUGGCGUCUGAAGAUGAUUUCUGGCCUCAGGGUAUCAUACCGCUUUCCCAAAUCGUAUUGGAUGAUAUUUGUCACUUUAGGCUGUUGAUCGGAAACUGUUGCCAUCUUCGCCAUAGAAUUACCCAGAUUAGGCAGUUCGGCAAAUUUAUGAUGGAUUUUAUGAUUAUCAGGCAACCAGAAGUGGUCAUCUGGAUUGAAAAUUGGGUUUUAGGUCGGAUUCUGGCCACUGGGUAUAAUCCAGGUAUCAAGAACCUAUUUUUUUUUUAUUCUCGCUUAUUUUCCGUCGGUCUAGUUCCGCCACUGUUGUGGCCAAUCACCGACGCCCAGGGAGGCGACUCCACACCCAGAGAUUUUUCGCCUCAGAAAAUCUCCCGGUGUCGGCUAGGAUUGAAUCUAGACCAGUUGGGUUGGUUGUGAGUGGAUCACGCCACCUCACAACCAUCGACACCUAUGUCGGCGGUGGGAUUCGAACCCAGGCGUCGAGCGUGGUUGGCGGAGACGUUACCAACCACACUAGGCCCCCGUUCAAUCAAGAACCUAUAUUGAUUGGUAUUUGGCCAUUCAUUGGAUGCCUCUCAGAAACGAUCAGUAAUAUCAGCUGUGUUAAAGAAUUUCAAUUUCACUGAUAAGAUCAUUCAAAUUAAUGUAUAAGGAACAACAUUUAAUUAUACAUUAUUUGAAAUCGACUGACUAACGUUAACUUAAAGAAUCUGAAUAUUCAUAGGCAGUAUAUAGUACCACAAUCAAAAACAAAAUCGCAUCAUAUAGUUGAAAGAAUUUAAUGUUAUUUGCAUGUAUAUGUGUUAAUUUCUAUUCAUAUCGUCGGUUUCGUGCAACACUGGCACAACUCAAAAAACAUAGUUUCGAGAAAAACGCGUUUGAAAAUUUGCGUCGAAAAUUUAUUUUUCGAUUUUCAAGAAAACUUUGAAGUUUAAGAUUACCAAUCCUUAUUUAACACCUUUGGGUCUCUUAUGCACAUAUUACGUGCUCACGUUGUCCAAGUUGAAACCUUAUUUUUACUAACUUUAUGGAGAAAUUUCGAUUUGUGCUGCAAAGGCACUUCUACUCAUAACUCUGAAAUUUUUGUGAUUUUCGAAAUGGGAUUUCGUGUGAUGAAACUUAACAGUAUUUGGCAUCGUUUGCCAUCAAAAACUCAAAAAUGCAAAAUUUUGAGUUGUGCCAGUGUUGCUCGAAGCGGAUGAUAUGUUAAAUUUUAAAUGUUCGGUAUAGUUGUGCUGUUGGCUACCAAAAAUUUGUUGUUUAGAAUGAAUAACAAAUCCAGCAAAAAUAAUCAAGGUGUAUUUUGUAAGUGUUGGAGUAAAUCUAUUUUAACAAACUAUAAGUUCGAAGGAGAAAGGCUGGGUCUCACCGCUAGGUGGAUUAAUUUUUUUCCUUUUCUCGACCAGUGUAAUUCAAUAACACGUGUUUAUACGUGAACGAUCAUUACACUUCAUGGUAAUCGGUUUCCGACGAAAACUGAUAGCGUUUUUUUUCUAUCUGGUUUAAAGUUAGCCCAUCAAUAAAGUUCUAGGCCGUUGUUAUGUGCUGAUUCUCCAAACUCGCUUUCGCAGCAUUUCGUUCGAAUAUUUGUCUUAAAGCAUUUAGCUUUGACAAGUUGCAAAAAAAUGAAUUCAGAUUAACCCGAUAUUCUGAAUGAUGCAAGUUGGAGGAAAUUAGCCAAAGAAUUUUGAAUACACUACCCGUCAUAAGUUUGGAAUCGCUUUUCUGAGUAUUGCAACACCCAGUUUGAAUAUUGCAACACCCCGAAAAGUUUAGCAUCACUUGAUAUGGGCAGAUCAAUGUAACUCUUACUCUUGGUUCUGAAAACCUAGAGAGCUGUGGUCCUCAGCAAAGCUGCUUAGCAGGUCAAGGGCUUUUGAUUGGAGGAGAGUUUAGUUCGGAAUUCAGCCACAACGCAGCGCGAGUGUGUAUGAGGUUUUGAACGCUAUUUAGCUCAAUAAUCCCACCAUCUGGAGAGUUGCGAUUUUCAGCAAAGUUACUCAAGAAGUCAAGGGCUUGUAAUUAGCGGACAGUAUAGUGCGGAAUUCAGCCGCAACGCAGCGCUAGUGUGUAUGUAGUUUUGAGCGUUUCGAACUUAGUUGAGCUCAAGAAUCACACCGUUUACACUGAUAGUUUACACAUGACGAAGUGAAACCAAUUUGAAUGUUAACAAUUUGAUCACCACACACAAUACGUAAGCUUGUGUGUGUUCAUUCUAAAGAAGUGCUUUCAUUUGAGGAGGUUAUAACUUAUAGCAUGCGACUGUGUUGGUACGUUGACAGUUUGAUCAGCAGCAUACACAACCCGUUUUACUAAGGGGAAAAUUGACGAUAUCGCGACUAAAUUGAUUACCUUGGCUACAAAAAGUUGCAAUAGGCUUGCCUCUAAUCCGAUAUUGAAGGAUUUGACUACCACAGGGGGCAUUUCGUAUUACUUUCCGCUGCAAGCUGGAGACCGAACGUCGAGUGGUUCUGACUUCACUACAUGGUGCGUUCGAGAAAGCGCAUGUUAGCCCCAUCCAACGAGUAUUCACUCGAAAUGUAUACACGAAGUCAAAAACACUUGUCCUGGUAGUUGCCGAAGUUGUCAAAGUCGUCGAAGUCGUAUUUUAAUUAGAACACUGGAUAAUUAUGAUUUGUGUUGACACUGAAUUGUAAAGGAAAUAGCCACAAUGGAAUAGUUCGGAACACAUAUGCGGCGUUAUACUGUGUUUCGACGUGCUUGACCACAACUGAUGGGACUAGCCAACGACCGCAAAUUUCUGGGUAGUGAAAUUCGCGCGAUAAGUUGAAGUUUCAACAUCCUGGACAAGUUUGCUGGACACCGUAACUUUCUAGCAGGUCGGAAUCGUGAGAUUAGUUAGGUUCAAAAUACGGCAAAUUGUGGGCCCACCAGCGCCACCUAGCGGUGAAAUUUCUCUCAGAAUUGGCCACCAUACAGUAGCCUUUGACCUUCUGAACAAGUUUGCUGAAAACCGCAACUUUCUAGGUUGUCAAAAACACGAGAUAUCCACCUAUUCCAGGUGAUGCUAAACUUUUCGGGAGGUGUUGCAAAAUUCAAAGUGGGUGUUGCAAUACCCAGUAAAGCGAUUCCAAACUUAUGACGGGUAGUGUAUAUCAAAAUUUUUAUCAAAAGUGGUACCCAUUGUCCAACAUUGAAAUUUUUUUUUAUUAAUUUGGAAUUAUUAUGUUCUAACAUUCAUUAUCAAAACAGUUUCAGAAUUUGACCUGCAUCACAAUGUUACGCCAACGUACUCGGUAGCUUGUCUCCGGUUCCUUUAGUGUCCUGCAUUUCCGAGAUAUUGCUCCACUUGGUCCAACGUCUUUGCUCGUUGCGCGCCUCUACGUUUCGUACCAGCCGUAUUUGAACACUAUUUUUGCGGGACAACAUGUCCCGCCUAUUGUACCAUUCCAGCUUUAGCGACUAUCUGGAUACUGGGCUCGCCGAAGAGUAGCGCCAGCUCGUGUUCUAAUCUUCGCCUCCAUACAUAAUCCUCACAUACUUCGCUUAAGAUGGUCCUAAGCUCACGUCGCUCGAAACCGGCUAGCGCAAGGACGUCUUCCUCGAGCACUGUCCAUGCCUCGUGCCCGUAGAGGACUACUGGACUUACAAGCGUCUUGUACAUUAUGCACUUGGUAUGGGGGCGAAGUUUACCAGACCUCAACGUCUUGUGGAAUCCGUAGUAGGCAUGACUUCCAGCUACAAUACGUCUGCGGAUUUAUCUGCUGCAGUUGUUGUCUGAUGUUUUUUGUUAGGGAAUUAGGAUUACGUUGUUCAUUGAUGUAAACUUUUGUAAUAUCUGUUUGAUGUUACCAAUGGUCCAAAGUACACGAAUUCGUCAACCGCCUCGAACUCAUUUCCGUCGAUCACUACGCUACUGCGAGCCCUUCCGAGCUCGGUUUCCCCUAUUAGCAGAUAUUUGAUUAUCAACGUAUUCACCUUCAAUCAUGCUUUCCUGCUUUACGUUUAAGCUUGGUGUACUGUUCAGCAACCGCCUUUAACGUCCACGUCGUCAGCGAAGCAGGUUUACUGGCUGGAUUUAUUAAAGAUCGUAUCCGCACUUUUCAUAAUACCUUCAAGCGCAAUGUUGAACAGGAGGCAGAAAAGGCCGUCGUGUUAUCGAAGUCCUUUACGUGUUUCGAACUGACUUGAUAUCGCACCCGAAAUCUUCAUUCGGCACUGUACACCAUCCAUCAUGGCCUUAAUCAGUCUUGUUAGUUCCACAGGGAAACCAUUUUGGCUUAUAACUUACCAUAGCUCUACGUGGUCGAUACUGUCGUAAGCGGCCUUGAAAUCGCUGAAAAAGGGACCUGGUAUUCACAAGACUUUCGGAGGAUCAGCCGCAGUGUAAUGAUUUAGUUUGUUGUCGAUCACCCAUCCACAAAACCGACUUGAUAUCUUCCCACAAACCAACCUAUCCGGGCUUAGCUUGAUAAGCUCCGUUGCAAUGCCAACCUUUCCAGCUGAUUUGUUAUCCUUAAAAUGCUUGAUAGCAAUUUUUACAUCAAUUAUUGGGGGGUAGGCGAUAUGUCUCCCUCAUCCGCUAUGCUGACGAAGUCGUUCCUCUUACCGUCUUGGUCCUCUGCCUCUGCGCCAUUCAGGUGUUCAUUGUAGUGCUGUUUUCACCUGUCGAUUACUUCACGUUCAUCCGCGUCAAGACUUUUUCAUCUUUAUUUAUCCCGACACAUAUCAGCUUGCGGCACAAACUCUGCGUGGAAUGCGUUUAAUUUCCUGUAGAAUGUAAUUGGGCUUACUGCCGAAAGCUGGGAAACCAACGGGUCCCCUGGCAUACAGGCCUAUCUGCCUGCUGGACACUGCGGGUAUGGUGCUUGAGACGAGUAUCCUCAACAGACUAAUAAGGUACACGGUGGCUGUAAAGGGUCUGGCAAGUAACCAGUUCGGUUUCCGGAAGGGCAGAUCCACGCUGGUUGCUAUCCUAUCCGUCAAGUAGUACUCCAGUCCAAGAGAAGGGGCAUACGUUAUUGCGCAAUCGUCAUGCUUGACGUGGUGAAUGCGUUCAUUAGCUCCAGUUGGGAGUCCAUAGCACUUGCGCUCAGGAGCAUCUAUGAACCGGUGUCGCUGUACAAGAUCCUGGAAAAUUACUUCCAGAAUUGAGUACUUGUUUACAACACGGAGGAGGGUCAGAAGUGCAUCCCAAUUGCCGCAGGAGUUUCGCAAGGUUCUAUCCUGGGACCGGUAUUGUGGAAUGUCAUGUACGACGGGUUGUUGAAAGCUACCUGUACGAGUUGUGAUCGUCGUUUGUCGUUUGCAGACGACAUAACGCCUGAGGUCUACGGCGAGUGGAUCGAGGAGGUCGAGUUGACGGCCGCGCACUAUAUACGCAAGGUCUAAAGGCCCAAAUGCACACACGGCGUAAUGACGCCUUCUCCAUACAAAAUGGAAGGCGGGAUAGCGAUCACGCCUUCUAUUUUGUUUGGAGAAGGUGUCAUUGGGCCUUUAGACUGGAUGCACUCCAGAAAACUGGAGUUAGCGCACCAUAACACGGAGGUCACGGGUGUGAAUAACUGCAAAUCACAGCAACAGGCGGUUGUCAGAGUCGGAGACUGCACCAUUACCUCAAAGUGAUCUUUGAAGCCCUUGGGGGUUAUGGUUGACGAUGAGCUCACAUUUAAGAGUCACAUCAACUAUGCUAUAGCAGCACUAUUUCGAAUGAUGUCGAAUAGCUCAGCGCUGAAUGGUAGCAAGCGUAAACUUCUUGCCAGCGUGGUUUCGUUCAUAUUUGGGUAUGGGGGCCCAGUGUGGUCCAUAGCGCUAGGUACUAAUAGUUAUCGUGGUAAACUGGAAAGUAACUACAGGCUCAUAGCUGCGAUAGUUGCGAGAGCGUUUUGUACAGUGCCAUACGACCCGAUCUGCGUCUUGACCGGUAUGAUGCCUAUAUUAGGGAGGACGCAGAACGCUUUGACCAACGUGACACAAAGGGCAUAUGAGGUACCAGAAGACCAUUCUCGAUGAUCGGAUGGCAGCAGGAUUGGCCCAAUUCCGCAAAAGGUAGAUGGACGCACCGACUUAUUCCGAGUACUAUUCGGUUGGAUCGGGAGGCACCAAGAAGAAGUUAACUUCCACCAGACACAGAUCCUGUCAGGUCAUCGCUGCUUCAGGUAGUAUUCACAUAGGUUCGGGCAUGCGGGGUCCUCCAUGUGCCCCAAGUGCGUGGAUGUGGAAGAGACUGCUGAGCAUGUCCUCUUCGUAUGUUCUCGUUUUGCGCGUGCGCGGAGUGACAUGAUGGUAGUGAGCGGGCCACUACUACUACUACACUACACUACACUAUUCCGGAUAACCUAGUUCGGAGGAUGUGUGGAGGCACGAACAUCUGGAGAGCGGUUUGUGCAGCCACCUUUCAAAUAGUCCUAGAGUUACAAAGGCGAUAGAUUGAUUGAUAUACGCCAGUGUUAGUUAACUGCCAGUCUCCAGGUUAAUUAACUAAUUAGCUAGGAGACCUGAUAAAGCCACGAGGUUGCACAAAGCAUAAAAGCCGCCCCUUGAAGCAAUACCUAGCAGUCGUCUCGGGAAGUAUUGUGGAUUGGAAACUGGAGAGUUCUAGUUUUAAUUUGGCAGCAAAAUUUCCCUCAAUCUGAAAUAAAGAAGGUGGCGUUAUUUGUACCGGAGAAGAUGGAUCUGCUAAAUCGACUCACUUUAUGACGGGUCCUUUGCUGCGGCAUCAAUGCCCGCGCUGCAUUUUUCUCGUCUAGUCGAGCAUCCUUCUUGUUACGUCGAUUCUUCUCGAGAAAACCAACAGCACCUUCCGCUACGUUGUUAAAGGGUGCAGUACUCCAGCAGUUCUCCAGAGGAUCUUCGGUAGGCUCUCCCUCAUUCGUUGACGCUUUGCACGUGCUCAAUAGCGACUUCUGGGAGUUUAAGUCGCUCCAUCAUACCGUGACGGGCGACGGUAGCGAUUGUUGUUGACAACCAAAAGUCUUUGGCACAUUUUGACCAUCAGGAGAUAGAGGUCAGAUUCGACGUUUGCGUCCCGAUAGGUUCGGACGUCGAUAAUAUCCCAGAAGCUGAGCUGAGUAGUGAGAGCUGGACUUUCCUAUAACCGGUGUGAAUUCCUCCUGGCCUCCUAUAGCGUCGAGAUCUCCGAUAACGAUUUUGACGUCAUGUUUUGAGCAGCUAUCGUAUGUACACUCCAGCUACGCGUAAAAGGCCGCUUUUUCGUCAUCGUUACUUCCUAAGUGAGGGCUGUGCACGUUGAUGAUGCUCAUGUUGAAGAAACGGCCUCUGACCCCCAACUUUCCCAUUCUGUUGUUGAUUGAGCACCACCCAAUCACGCGCUUCUGCAUUUUGCCUAUCACAAUGUAAGCUGCUCACAGCUCGUGUGUGUUGCCGCAGCUCUGGUAGAUAAUGUAACCAUCUCUGUACGUAUGAACCGUUACUCCCUUUCAGCAUACCUCCUGCAGCGCCAAAAUGUCGAAAAGCGGAUCGUCAAUAAGUCGAAAAGAAUGCGGGUAUUUGCCAAAAAAAUUAAGAGACUUGCAGUUCCACGAUACGAGUUUCCAAUCGUUAGUCCGUUUUCGUUGGCUAGGUCUAUUGUUUUUAUGGCUGACUUGUAAGGCCAGCACCAAUCCGCAGUCACGCCGAGGACCAACGUGACAGCACUGUUUAAAGUUUCCAACUGGCACCAGGACAUUGAUCAGCCUCCCUAACAUGGAAAACAGACGCUAUUUUGAGGAGCACCAACUUGGAGAGCAGACGCUCGAAUUGGCGAAACAAUUCAUUUACCGCCGAGAUCACGUUGAACUUUCUCACUUAGCUAUUGUUGGAUGACAACAUUGCCCAAGUUACACCAACCAGUUGUGAUCGUACUCGACUCGUGGAGGUAUGACAUAGCAACUUGUGAGGACCAGAGCUAAGUUUGACGCUUCUUCCAGGUUGUCAACUCUGCAUUUGAAACUUAGCAAUGACGGUAAAAUACGAAUAGAAAUAGUAAGCAAAUCAUUAUAAAUUCCAUUUUAUUUCCUCAAAAUGCUGUAGCUCGCGUUUUUCGUGUAAAAUUUUCUCAGGAACACGAUGAAAGAUACGCGUUGGUGAGUGAAUAUGUUUAUUCCCCCCUUCAAAUCCAAUCGGCACCAAAGUGGGAUUUCUGCAUAAUGACCUCAUGUGAACAAUUUCUCAAACUUUGUAACGAAAAUUGUGAACCAAUUGCUACAUUGUUUUUUUUUUUAUACAAAUUGAAAUAUUCUCGAAAGUUUUCGCUUAAACUUACACAAACAGAUCUUUCGUUUUAAAAUCGAUUCAAUUUUACGUAGAAAAGAUUAGUGCAUGUGAAACAAUUUUACCGAAGAUUGUGAAUUUCUGACAAAUCUUAUAUCUGUGAAAUUGAUGUUUAUCUAAUAUCUAUACACCCAACACAAACGGGGAAUAUUUUGUUACUUUGGUGCAACAAUUUAUUGCUUAUUGUGUAUUAGACCGCGCAUUAUACACAAAGAGCAAUAACCAAAAAGUAACAAACAAUACACACGCAUGUAUGUGUUUCUGCAGGAGAACAUAAAGCCAAGAACCGCAAUGCAUGUGUUAGCAAGACUUCACUCCUUGCAUUUGUGUUAAUGCAACGAUAAGGUUCAUUUCUGUCUCCUUUAUUCACACAUAAUCAGAAUCUUAACCGUCAGCCUCAAAUGUCUAAUUAGAAACACCACUGUUUCGUUCCCCAGUGUUUACUGUAUUCCGUAUGCGUACAACAAACUAAUACACGCACACCGGAUGAAUUGGAGAUAGAAGGAACUAGUAAGACCGAGGACAUACUGGCGCGGCUUGAGUUGCGAAGACGGUUCACCUUGCCGUGGCUUAAUGUACAGCCCUCAGUAGUGCUGUACAAUAACCUGCGGCAGGGUGAGUCGCCCUCACAGCACAGGCCGCGCCAGUAUGUUCACGGCCUGACAUGUACAACAGUACAACAUAUGCGACGGUGUUGUUUCUUGACUGGAGAUGGAAAGGGAAUUCGAUUUUUCGACAGAGAAAAUUUUGCAUAUAGUUGAAAUGUCCAUUAUUAGAUAGUCGUAGUCCCGUAACACGUGCUAAAUAUGUGACAGUAUGUGUUGUUACUUGAAUGAAUUUAUUACUUUUUAGGUAACAAAUUUGUUACCUAAAGAGCCAUAUCACGUUAUUGCUAAUUAAGUAAUACGAAAAAACUUUGCGUGUAGUUGUUUAAUGAUGAAAUUGUAGAACAAUUUGUUGACAUAAUCUUUUUUUCUAUACUUGAGUUGAUUCUGAGAAUGAGCAUGAGCAUGAUUGACCGCCUGCGGUUGCUACUCCGUUAUUGCCAGAUCAGCUGUAUUUAAACAGAGAACCAAUGGAUGAUGCUUGGGACUAACAUUCAUUCUCAAUGUGUAAAAACUGGCGAAUUUAAUCUUUCUAUUAGGCAAUACCAGCGCCGGCCGCAUCCGAAUGCAGGUCAAUGAAGGAGUGUGUAUGGGUAUAUGUUGACGUGAUACUCGCUAUAUAAGAAGCCGAGAACACCUCUGCACUCCCACGAGAAAUCACUGGGAUGUUGGGGAAAAUAGUAGGGUUUGCAGAAGAGUUCGCUUUGGUAAACGAUGGGCUGAAUUCAAGUACCGAGUUCGUAAUAACAAAUAUCGCGCCUACAAGUUUAUUAUAUCCUCCGCGAACGCGCACGCGAGAAUAUCGGACCUUUGACUAAAUUAAAACAGACUAAAAUAUUUCUCCUCACGAAGUCAUUAUGCAACUACCGAAACGUAUCUCCCAUUGAUUCAUCUCAGCCUACUACACAAUGCUACGAAAGCUAAGGAUGUUGUAUUCACGUUAACGUCUCUCCACUCCUGUCAAUUCCUCGUAAAGUGAACCUUUUUAUACCGAAAAUUAUAUCGCGUAUCUAUCUGUAGAAAAUACGACUUCAUGGAAGGUAUCGACGCGAAGUCUCUUGAUAAUCGAGUUGAUUCUAAGAAAGAAAAACCGAAAUCGCCUGGAAUGUUGCAUAAGAGUUUGAAUGAUAAUAAUUAUUGAACCAUUUUAUGAGUUGCAAUAACGUACUUUUCGUUCGAUUGAUAAAAUGUAGAACCACUUUGUUUUUAGUUAGUUAGUUACUUCACUGCUUAGCAGUAAAAGAAAAUGAAAAGUCUCGUUUUUCUGUGCUGAUAACAAAUUUAACAGAACUUUCUCAUCUCAAUAGUUUAACUAAUCUGGUUCACUUCUACAUGUUUAAGGCCGAAUUGAUGUCCGGAAAGUGAAGCUUGGGAGUGAAGUUUUAUUUGAAACUGAAGUCUCGGACGAAACCAUGCUUUUUCAAACGAACACUUUUUUUUGGUGCUACUUUAAAUAUCUAGCUUGUUUAAGGUUGUACCCCUUCCAUGGUAGUUACUACCAUACUUUUAAUAUAGUUGCGUUGCGGCCGAAUAUUUCUCUUAAUUUAGAUGCCAUGAAGCUGGCAAGGCUUGAUUUCAAAUGUACCAUAAGCAGAUAUUUCUUUCUUCUGAGCAGUCUUGUACUCAACUUUGUGCAAUUAUAAAUACAUGAAUUGUAUUACAUCCGUUUAAGGUAGGUACUGUGAUGAGCAAAGCAAGAAUUGUCAUCCCAAUUGAGCAGCGCCAUAGGGGUCCUGUAACAUAUGCGGAGGCGAGCAAAACUUGUGUUCUGCUGAAUAAAUUAACUGUGUUCAGGCUGAGUUUAUCAGAGACCUGCAUAAUAGAGACUAAAAAACUCAAUGAACCCAGCGCAGAGCUUUACUUCAACGUUAGAAAAAAAGGUUUUUUCAAAUGUUUAAAAAAAAUGAAAAAAGUUUCAAAAUGUUAUUGUCUUCCAGAAUUGCUAAUUUGUUUUUGGUAGAGUGUACGAUAGUAAAAUAUGCUUCCAGUAUGCUCUAGUGGGCGUCUAGUAUAAAGCAACCAAUUGAACACGAAAGCAUGUUUUUAUCAAGCGCAGCAAUGUACCUUAGGUAGGCGCUUACUCUUCACAAUACAAGCUUUGAAAUUAGAAGGUAUGUAAUGUUUAAGAAGGAAAAGAUUUUAAAUGCUAAUAGUGAGUGCGAUUGUUUACGGAUUCAAGUAAAACUUACAGCAAAAAUAUAGAAGCGUCAUUUUGUUGACCCGAGCAGGUGUGUGCGGCCUGCAUAAAAAAAUACUUUACCAAAAAAUUGAUUUGAAUUAAUUGUCAGUAGUAAGGUGGUAGAAUUCAACAUCACCAAGUUUUGUAUAAAAUAAGCUCAAAAGUCUGAAAAAUAUUAACGGUUUUUACCGACAGCUUGAUUCCAUUACAAUUCAUGAACCUUAAUGUUUGUUGGUUUGUUACUCAAUUGAACAGUGUGUUAGUUCAAGUUCAACUGUCGAUUCCUGAUUCCCGCGGUGUGGUGUAAUACUCAACAACUGUGCUCUGUAAACAGGGCAUAACCUGUAGCAGCAAGGUUAUUUUUAUCUUCUAUACGGCUCUCAUAGAACAAAUGGUGCUCGACAUACUUUACUAAUGUUUAAAACAAUGUAAACAAUCAUUAAUAUUACAACUAGUGCAAUCCCCUCUCUAAAUAUACGCUUAUGUUUUGUUAUUUUUGAGAGUUAUAACAUAUUAUAAACAAACGACUAGCUAACUUUUCAUUCACUUCUUUUAGCAACCACCAGCUCAUCGAAAAGAUAAAAAAGGUGCCUAGGUUUAACGAUAAAUGUAUGGAUUAUAAACAAUCAACUCGCAAAAAGUGUGAAGCUGACUUAGUGUAGAUAAAUUGUAGAUUUACUUGUUAGUAGAUUCCUAGGCUAUCCUAGGCUAUCUAGGGUAAAACAGGAGCUCACUUGCAAACAAACAAAGGAAGAAAAGAGACAAAAAUUGAGCUGAAAGGUUAUCACACAAAGCAGUUGUCAUGUUGUAGAGUAACAACGUUUACUGUCAAAAUAUUUCAUGUACACAACGUAAAUAAAUGAAUUGUAAAAGUCGAGCGCACGUUCAAAUGUAUGCACUUUCCCUUCAAUUCAGAACAUCAUCAACUAUCCUUGAAUCAAACCUAAGCAGCACAGCUGCUAAUCAUGAUCGAGAAAAAUCAACAAAUGGUGCAAUUUAUUUUACUAGCUAUAAAUACUAACGAUAUACCAACUAGGCAAAAUGGCAAAGAAAAUCGAAGCCAAUCAAACAAACCAAAAAAAAAGGACGAAAACACUAUAUUUAUUGUUGACACCUCCACUAAGUUUAUUUACAAGCGUACGGCCGGACGCAAUCGAAUCGGUUGAAUAGAAUACGCUCGAAGCUUUUAACGUAAUCAUAAAGUGUAAAAUCGGAAAGCAAUCGCCACCUGAGAUAUCAGGGGCUUGCCUGUGUUAGGUUGUAACGUUCUUUAAUUUUGUUUUUUUUUUUGCGUUUAGCUCCAUUCUUGCCGCCUGUAUAUUGCCGUACCUCCUACGUUAAAAGUAUUUAUCCCAGGGCGAGCGACCGAGCGGAUGCAUGAUGAUGAUUACUGAAAUUAAUGUAAAACAACGGUCGAGAUAAGGGUCAACAGAAACUGAAUUAAAUAUACUAGCAAAUAUAGAUCAAAGGAAUAUACUAGCGAUGUGUGGUUUCUGGAAAA